GCCCCAUUCCACCUACAUUUCGUGUUAUCAACAAAUCCAACCUCCAUACGUGCACUAUUACUUGUUACUGUACGAUCCUCAGGGUACCAUACCCCAACUGAAAAUACUACCAAAACUUUAAAUGAAAGAAGAAGAAGAAGAAGAAAAAGAAAUAGAAAUAGAAAUCCAACUGCGCCACUCACUUCACUCACUUCACCCACAAACGGUUUCUUUUCCACCACACUAGGUACACCUACCUAGGUAGUCAUCGUCUCCUUCAGGUCAGCUCAGCUCAGCUCAUGACAGGACAAGAUCCCAAUCCAAUUCCAAUACCAAAAGAUUGGAAAUCCAAACUGGAGCACGGUCCAACUUAGCGGACGACAAACCCACCGGGCGAUUCAUUCUUCCUUAAACCUAACCUUCCUUGUCUUGACUUAUUAACUGGUCUCUUGUAUCUACAUUCUACAUUCUCUCCUGUCUUGGAGAUUCAAUCAAUUAUUACUCCAUUGCAAAUUCCUCUCUCCAUCAACAUCGUCCCUAUAAGUCCGAGUGGCAGCUCUUGUUAAAGCUGUGAUACUCGAUAUCAAUGACUCAGUUAUUUCACAGUGCCUCUCCAAAUUCUCUUCCCUCCAAUAACGAGAAGCGGAAUUUGUCCGGUUCCUCGAUGUCGUCGAACAAGCAUUCCAAUGGCCACAGUCCAUUUCCUCAAAAGUUGAAGAACUUCUUUCGAAUCAACAGUUCAACAAAUCAUAGUGAAAAGAGCGAUCCUUCAUUAAAGUCCGAAGGUAAAUCGGGGUUUCGACAAUCCAAAUUCUUUCCAGGUGGUGGACGAAAUCGAUCAACGACAGUAGCCAGUGAAGGCAACGCAUUAGACGAUGGCAUCAGUAGUCCGACCGCACAUGCGAAUCCAUACUUUGCACAUCAAGGCCCUCCUGCCCUGCGACAUCACGAUGAUGCAUCGAUACCUCCAAGUCCUCCCGAUACUCCAAGUUUCAAAGUCGAUACCGUUGCAGGUGUGAAUGAUCAAGCCACGGCCGCUGGCAAAGAAGAAUUGGCCCGAAAAUUAAGAAGAGUCGCGAGCGCUCCUAAUGCACAAGGUCUUUUCUCGGGUAAGGGUGAUGGUGAUCGACCGGCUACUGCCGAGCUUGGAAAGGAACCUUUGGUACACAAUGCGAGCACGACAAUGUUGAGUAUGGUGGAUGCAACAGAUGCUAUGGGUGUAGGUGCAGAAGAUGACUUGGCACCCUUGCAACCCCCAAGUCUACGAAAUAAUCCAGCCUUCAGGAGGACGUACAGCUCAAAUUCCAUAAAAGUACGUGAUGUGGAGGUGGGACCGGGGAGUUUUGAUAAGAUCAAGUUGAUUGGUAAGGGAGAUGUGGGAAAGGUCUACUUGGUAAGAGAGAAGAAGAGCAGCAGAUUAUACGCCAUGAAAGUAUUGAGCAAACAGGAGAUGAUUAAGCGCAACAAGAUCAAGAGAGCAUUGGCAGAGCAGGAAAUCCUGGCUACGAGCAAUCAUCCAUUCAUUGUCACCCUGUACCACUCCUUCCAAUCCGAGGACCAUUUAUAUCUAUGCAUGGAAUAUUGCAGUGGUGGAGAAUUCUUCAGAGCUUUACAAACUCGACCAGGCAAAUGUAUACCAGAAGAUGAUGCUCGAUUUUAUGCGGCCGAAGUCACUGCUGCCUUGGAGUAUCUACAUCUGAUGGGUUUCAUCUAUCGAGACUUGAAACCUGAGAAUAUUUUACUCCAUCAAUCUGGUCAUAUCAUGUUGUCAGACUUUGAUCUUUCGAAACAAUCGGCCCCUGGCGGAAAACCAACCAUGAUUCUUGGCCGAAACGGCACAAACGUAAAUUCCCUACCAACGAUCGACACAAAGUCAUGUAUAGCAAAUUUCCGCACGAAUUCAUUUGUUGGAACCGAGGAAUACAUAGCGCCGGAAGUUAUUAAAGGGUGCGGUCAUACAAGUGCAGUUGACUGGUGGACAUUGGGAAUCUUGAUUUAUGAGAUGUUGUUUGGCACAACGCCUUUCAAGGGAAAGAAUCGAAAUGCUACAUUUGCAAAUAUUUUGAGAGAUGAUGUUCCUUUCCCGGAACACUCUGGCUCUCCCCAAGUCUCAAAUCUUUGUAAAUCAGUGAUUCGAAAACUCCUUAUCAAGGACGAAAACCGACGGCUGGGGGCUCGAGCUGGAGCUUCUGAUGUCAAAACUCACCCAUUCUUCCGCACAACUCAAUGGGCACUUAUCAGACAUAUGAAGCCUCCUAUGAUCCCCCACCAAGGUCGCGGUAUCGACACCGUCAAUUUCAGAAAUGUUAAGGAGAGCGAAAGUGUUGAUAUCAGCGGAUCAAGAACCUUGGCGUCCGCCAAAGGAGUACCACUUGAUUCUGGUUUGGCAACACCAGGUGCUGCCGAACUCGAAGUUGAUCCUUUCGAGGAAUUUAACAGUGUCACACUGCACCACGAUGGUGACGAUCACCAUCAAACCGUGGAUCAACAUAAUGGAAGAUACGACGUCAAAUUAGCAGCUAUGCCUAUCGGCAAGAGAUUCAAACGAGGCUUCCGCUCAAUCAAAGCAAGUCUUAAGAAUCGCUCUGAUCUUCUGCAAGAGCCUGUUCAGUCCGAAUCGAGUGUCGAUACAAAGAGUUCUGUGGCGGUAGCUGUUGGGAAGAGUGGUGAAUCUGUUAUUCAAAAUGGCAAGAAAGCAGCCGGCGAGCAAAUACAGGAGCUUGCACACGAUGAUCCAACUUGCUAUAUGACAGGGUCAUUAACGACCGCCACAAACGAUUUGCAGCUCUCAAAUGAGGAUGACCUUUGGUUUCAAGCUUCAGAGAAGCUCAAGGCUAAUGAUCCGGAACUGUAUGAACAAUACUCACUCAUUAUACGUCGCAAAGCAGACAAGAGCGAUGAACACCACCCCGACGAGUCCGCAAAAUCCUUAGCCAAUGCAGCGGCGCUUCUAAAAGUGUGCCAAAAUAGCCUCGAAACCAUGAAUGCCCCACGUGGCAGAGCUGAUAAAGUUUUCAAGAAGACGAUUGAGAUUGUAGGCCUGGCUAAAGACUUCGUGGGGUCUGUUGUUAGUGCCGAGCCUCAUGGAGCAGUAGCUUGGGCAGGUGUCUGUCUUUUCCUUCCGCUACUACUCAAUCCCUCUCAACAAGAUGAUGCUUGUCGCAAAGGUCUUGAGGAACUGCCCUUUCUCAUCCACAAAUCGGAGCUCCUCAAAGUAUCAAGUCAGACAUAUCAGGCCGUUCUUGAUAUUGGAAUAGAAUCUAAACAACGCGAAAGAACUAAAGAGGAAAUGGAAUGUCUGCAGGCCUUUCGUUUGGCUAAUCUUUAUGAAGAACAAAAGGAUCGGAAUCCUGAUCGUGUUGAGGGAACUUGCACGUGGUUAUUUGAAUCACAGAGCUUCCGCGACUGGAGGGACGGUGAAAGCUCAGGUCUUCUUUGGAUUUCAGCAGAUCCAGGGUGUGGAAAGUCAGUUCUUUCUAAAGCAUUCGUGGACGAAAGACUGGGCAAUUUAGAAUCUAUAGCUAGUGAUCCUGCUGCUAGUGAUAUUAUCUGCGUCGUUGACGCUUUAGACGAGUGUGAUUCAGGCUACGAUAUGCGGGAGCAGUUUAUUCGGAGAAUGCAUAGGCUUGUAUACGAAAAUCAGCCAUGCCACAUGAAGUUCGUAGUUACCAGUCGCCCUUAUUCACAGAUCGAAGGAAUAUUCAUAAGGUUGCGUCACGAUUUUCCCGUGAUCCGCAUAGCCGGGGAAAUAGAAUCUGAGAUUAUCUCGCAGGAAAUCAACCUAGUCAUCAACCAUGAGGUUCAGCAGCUAGACUUGAAUGAGAACGUUAAAAGUUAUAUUAAAGCUCGUCUACGAGAAAUAGAACACAGAACUUAUCUUUGGUUAUACUUGAUUAUGGACGUUGUCCGCGAGAGGGUAUCUACUAGCGGGGACGCCGAGAAGAUAGAAGAAAGCCUGAGAACACUACCAAUAACUGUGGAGCAAGCAUACGAGGCCAUUCUGAAUAAAAGUCCACGCAGAUCAGAUACCGAGAAAUUACUUCACAUUAUCGUCGGGGCUGAACGUCCGCUAAGUACGGAUGAAAUUAACAUUGCCAUGAAUAUCAAAGUAUGUUACAGUGGGUCUCAAGCUUUCGAGGAUAUUUUUUUGGAAGAUAGCAAACGUUACCCAGGCAUGCUUCGCAAUCUCUCCCUCAUGAUCAUCUCGUAUUUCAAUCUUUACGAAGUUGGUAAGCAUGUGAUCUUUGAUCCUAAUUUCGACAAUCAAGAGCUAGAGACAUGCAAAGAAGGCUAUACCCCACUACUACUGGCUAUAUCGAAUACCAGUAUUGAUAUGGUGCAGCUACUUAUCAAGAGUGGUGCUGAUGCGAAUCAUACGACGGGGAUGGGCGUGCCUCUUGAAGAGGCUCUGAGAAUUGGUAAUCUCGAUAUUCUUCGAUCCGUUGUGGAAGUCGCAAUGGGUGAAAGAAUCCAUGUGUACAAUGCACUAGAUAUGGCUGUCUUAAAUAGAAGGGAGGAAUCUGUCCCAUUAUUUCUCGAUUCAUUGGUGCGCCCAAUGGCAAAAGGAUAUCUUGAAACGGCCUUGUCAUUCGCCCUAUGUGCCGGGAGUAUGAGAAAUAUUGAAUUGCUACUAUCCUCCGGAGCUGAUCCCACCUGCACUAUCCUCAAAGGGGUGCCUUGCUCGUGCACAACCUGCUUGCAAUCCUUUUGUAGCCUUUGUUUUGAAAGCUCAGAGGGUGCAAAAUCAGGCGAGUGGGCCUGCAAACAUGGAAUCUUGAAAACACUUUUUUCGGAACCGAAACCCCUAUCUUGUGAGUUUGUAAAAAGUCAGCUAGUGAGGUCUGUGGAUCAAGAUGGGUGUGAUAAAUCUAUCAUGGUGCGACAUUUUUUGAAUCACCCACGUCACCCUGGCCUGAUACUUGAUGGGAGCCGGUCACCAAUAGCAUUGGCAGCAAUUCGUGGACACACAGAUUCCAUGGAACUCUUGUUGGGCGAACCUCAUGAUGUAAACAAGUGCUUAGCACCUAUUUCAGGGCGUCAAGUUUAUACUUCGGAUGGGCUUCAGACGUGUGAGAAUGGGGGCUAUUGGAUCCAAAAAAGCGUUGAAGUUACUGCGUUGGUUGCAGGAGUGAUUUCUGGAAGCGAGAGAGUUGUCAAAAGCUUGAUUAGGGACGGAGCCGAUACCAACAUAAGCACAGAGCUGGGGUCACCUUUGUUUGUUGCAGCUGCGAUAUGUCCGGUGUGGAUUGUCCAAUUAUUGAUCGACAACGGUGCACGAGUAAUGCCAUCUAACCUUGAAGAAAAAGAACAUUCAUCACCGCUGGUUAUUGCUGCUGCUCUGGGAAACAUUGUCAAUGUGGAAUUACUACUUAAAUCUGGCGCUGAUGUUGAGCGGGGGACCGCAAUCAUUUUUAAUUCAAUCCUGGCUCGUGGAAAGAAUAUUGAGGGAAUAUUCUAUCCUUCUGCUAUUGAGGCUGCGCAGAUGGAAGGUCAUGAAGAUGUGGUUGCGCUUUUGCGGGAGUAUAGGGCUAGGCAGGCCGUGACGGGAGUGGAGGAAGUAGAAGUUACGAUGAUGCCGGACAGAAUUGAAGAGGUGGAAGAUUAA